AUGUGCUUGUGUAGAUUAGUUAGGAGGUUCGUGGUGAUUACCAUUUUAAUACUAGUACUAUUCUUAGUUGCAGGUAUUUUAUUUACAUAUUAUAUUAUUAAAAACAUAAAAGAUAAUGACAUUUUUCCUGUAGUUAUUCAUUCUCAUACAUAUGAAGUACUGAAUAAAUAUAAACAUAUUCAUGAUCCUUCAAUUGGAAAAGAAAUAAAAAUAGAUCCAUUAAUUAAAGGAAUGUCUGAAAAAGUACACCCUUUUACUCAAGGGAUUUUUUUUUCAGAAAAAGAUAAAUUAAUUGAAUCAGUAGGAUUAUACAAUUCAAGUUUUUUAAGAGAAUUUGAUUUAACAACUGGUAACACUAUAAGAUAUACUAAUUUAGGUCCCCAAUAUUUUGGAGAAGGAAGCACUUUUAUUAUUGAACCAUUGACAUAUAAAAAGUUUAUAUUGCAGUUAACUUUUAAAGAACAUAAAAUAUUUGCUUAUGAUUAUGAAACAUUAAAAUUGUAUCAUACAUUUAUUUUUGAUUUAAAUGGUUAUGGUUUAACUUCGAACAUAGAUGCCUUUCAAUCUGUUGAGGCAUUAAAAAAUGAGAAUUUUGCAUUAAGUCAAAAAUUGUGGACUACUACAGGAGAUGAAUAUUUAUAUGAACUUCAAAUUCCAAAUGAAUUUAAAAAAACAGAGAAAAUAUUUGUAUUAAAUAAAAUAAAAAUAACCUGCGCAGGUUUUGUUAUUGAUAGUGUUAAUGAAUUAGAAUAUCAUUCAUACUCAGAAACCAUUUUUGCAAAUAUAUUUUUGACUAACUUAAUAAUUGAAAUAAAUAUUGAAACAGGGGCAUGUGUUAAGUUAAUUAACCUAGAUGGAUUAAUUAAAAAAUGCGAUAAUUACAAACAUAUUGAUGAACAUAUAGAUGAUGUUUUAAAUGGUAUAGCAAUAAGUCUCAAUAACAAAAAUAAACGGAAUCCAACAUUAUUCGUAACUGGAAAAAAUUGGUCCAAUAUUUUUGAAAUAAAAAUUACAAAAAAGAUUAAUGAACUAGCACAAAAAGUACUACUGAAAGAGAAAUUUAAAUUAGAUUUAAAAUAA